CCGUCAUCACUGACCAACCAGCUGAGGCGACGGACUCGACGCCCGGAAACUUAUACGGACUUGGAAGGGAUUGGCCGUCAUGCAGAAGAAGCCCAUCAACACCAACUCGCUGCUGGACAAGCUGCACCGCGGCGCGGUGUACGCCUGCAUCGGAGUCACCCUCUACGGCACGUACAUCCUGGGAAUGCGCUACUACCACUACUACACUGUCAUCCGGCCGGAGAAGCAGCAGGCGGAGCUAAAGCUCCUGGACGAGGGCGCUCACGACAAGGCCAAGGAGCUGAAGUACUAGGCCCGCCCCUCUCCUCCGCCCCUUUAAUUGUUAAAUGUCUGUUAAGCGCAAUAAACUGUAAGGAAAUGUAAGCAUUUUCAGCUGAAAACGGCCAA